AUGACUCGCCAGUCCAGCGCGGGUUUCGCGCAGUUCUUCCCAACUGCCCCGCGGGCAGCCAGGGAGAAGGCUACAGAGCGCGAGAAAGCGAGGCUAAGGACGCAAGAGACGGCUGGCUCGUUGCUUGCCUCACAACCUGUCGUCCUUGCUGCUCCUGCCGAUGGCCUAAACGGCCAAGCCGCUCCUACAGACGCAAUCCUGGUGAACGGGUCGCAUCACCAAGCAGAGGACCACGGGUCUCCUCUUGGCGAUAUCCUGACCGCUGUUGGCUCUGCAAGCUCCCACGCAAGCACAGGUUCAUCCAUAUUCAGCGCAACGACGCGGCAGCCCCUUGCCAACGGCUUGUCUCAAAAUGCAGCGGCAAGCACCGUCACCCCGCUCACUUCAAUUGAGUCGCCCUCAGUCUCUGGUCAUACACACCCACCGAAGCCGACCACAUCCAACUCCCAUAUUCCCGACCAUCAGCAGUCGUCCACGGCUCACCAGAGCCCAGCCCAUAUGCCGAAUGGCUCAUCAGAAUCAUACCCUGCCAUUGAUCGCGUUCCCGCGCGUGCCCCCGGUCGAUCGCGAAAAGGUGUCAAAUGCAUCUAUGACCCGUUACUCGAUAAGACACUUUCGAAGGACAAGAUCAGGGCCGCCAAGCCCACGUUCAAAGAGUUUGGAAUGCCCAGCCGAUCCAGGCCUAUGGCUAUCAAAGCGAUUGACGCUGCUCGGCGCGCCCUGAGGACUAUGAAUGGUCAACGCAUCGAGAGCAACAACAUCAAGGUUGAAUACGAUCCCAAUGGCAAAAAGAGUGGCCGUAUGCUUGAGGAAACUGUCAAUAGGGACAGAUCUACCCCAAACCCGUCAAAUGUUCGACCUCCACCAGCUGGGCCCAGAACAACAGCGCCAGAGCCGGCACACGGCCCACCGCCGAUGGCGCCUCGAGGACCUGCGGCGCAUAGGCAAACUGCGACGCCAGUGCCUACCGGCCCUGGCAGACCAAUUCAACCGAUCAAACAACACAGCAUUGUAGAGGAUAAGCCGAUAGCACCACAGCUAGCUGGCGAGCCCUACAUUUUCGUUCCAAGUGCUAAGGUUCCAGUCAUGCAUACAACUGUUCCACACAUGAAGAAGAGACUCAAGGCACACUGUUUUGACGACAUUCGCGUUGACCGAACGGGCUACUACAUCGUCUUUCCAAGUUCAUCCAUGGGCCGAUCUGAAGCAGAGCGAUGCUUCAGAAAUGUCCAUAGAACCGAAUUUUUCAACUACGAGUUUUACAUGACGCUAUGUUUGCCCCCGCUCAUGGACGACAAGACCGAAACUAUGGCUCACGCUCCACGUCGACGAACUCCAAGCCCCGAUCGCAAGCGAAAACAAGAAGUGCGGAACAGGGAGGAUAACGACCGACGACGCCAGGAGGAAAAGAACGACCUGGAGGAGGAGAAGCGCCAAAGGGCCAAGAAUUUCGAUCCUGUGCAAGCAGCUCGGGAGGUCAUUAGCCAUGAACUGGCGGAGCACUUGAUCAAGCACAUUCGUACGCGGGUAGCAGCACCUGCCCUCACGGCGUUCCUUGACCCCAAGAACCAUAUUGCGAGACGACGGCAGCUUAAUCUCGAGGACCCCAUCGAGUCGACGCCCUCGCGCAAGACUGCACCGGGCAACGAAAGCCCACAGGUCGGCACCCCGAAUUCGGGUGCCGAUCCUAUCGAGAAGCGCACCGGCCGCCUCGAAAUAUCGGCCCUGCCGCGUAUUCGCAAAAUCAAGAAUCCAGGACAGGCGCAGCAGAGGAACUACGGCUUCACCGAUCCCUUUGCCCGGAAACGACCGCCGCAAGCGCGAAACGCCUUCCGCUCCCUACACCACCGACUCAAAAGCUACGACAGUGAUGUCGAAUCAGAUGACGAAGGUAGGAGAUCUGUGGCUCGGGAAACUGAGGAGCCCGAAUCUCGUCCUCGCAGCCGUAUGAGUACGGAUGAUGAAGACGACGAAGCGUCGAAGGAUGAGCUUGGCUCGUGGGGAGCUGCUGAAGAAGACUCCAUGACCGAAGCCAGCUUCGCAAUUGGAACGCUACCCACAAAGAAGCGGAAGCUCGAGCUCGAGGCGCAAACUGCUCUGAAGCGACAGAAGAAGUCCGAUGAGGAGCUUUUCGGCGUCACUCUCGACCACAUCGAGACUGAGCUUCCUGUGCAACCCGUGUCGGAGGGUGUCACGCCCGAAUGCGAUCUUCCCGGUGGUAAAGAAGAGAGUCUAUCUCGUUCCGAGACACCUAGCCUUUUGGCCGGUAAGCUGCUGUCUAAGAAGAUCAAAUCGAAGAGGAAAUCCAAGAAGCAGCUCUUCGAAGAACGCGAGGCGCUCAAGAAGCAUCAGUCUGAUAUUGAAGGAUCCGAAGCACCCGAAGACCGAGAAACGCCUGCUGCUGAGGACCCCAAGAAAUCGGAACCCAUCGAGGAGGAGGCCUAUCAACCAGCUGCUGUACCGACGGACCUUAGUUUGUUCGCCUACGAGCCCACGAAGGCACUGCAACUUUCGCAAGAUCCGAGCGCUGGCCUCGGACCGCUGCAAGAUGUGGAGUUCUCCCCCGCAGAUCUUCCCGACUUUGUCAAACUGCAGAAAAGGUUCCCUGUGGCUGAUUUCGACGAUCCUCUGCUGUGGCUAUGGAGGCGAAACCGCGUGCGGGAGGUCAACAACCUGGAUCAGUCGGCUGAAAAGAGCCUUGCGAUUGAAGGGUACUACGUCCCCAAUCCUACAGGUUGCGCCAGAACGGAGCCUAUCAAGAAGAUUCUCAAUUCAGAGAAGUCCAAAUACCUACCUCAUCACAUCAAGGUCCAGAAGGCCAGGGAGGCAAGAGAAGCUCGGGUACAGAAGGACGGCAAGGCUGCGCCCAUAACUGCUCCUGCCCCUGCCCCUACGAAGGGCAACUCGCGAGCCAACCGUGCCAACAACCGCAGACACGUCACGGCACUGCAAGACGAGAUGAAGUCCUCGGGCGAUCCCGACGUUUUCAAGUUCAACCAACUGAAGAAGCGCAAGAAACCAGUCAAGUUUGCCCGUUCUGCGAUCCACAACUGGGGUCUCUACACAGAGGAGAACAUCAACAAGGACGACAUGAUCAUUGAGUAUGUCGGCGAGCAAGUCCGGCAACAGAUAUCAGAAAUUCGCGAAGUCAGGUACCUCAAGCAGGGCAUGGGCAGCAGCUAUCUAUUCCGCAUUGACGAGAACACGGUCAUCGACGCUACGAAGAAGGGCGGCAUUGCCCGGUUCAUCAACCACAGCUGUAUGCCCAACUGUACCGCCAAGAUUAUCAAAGUGGAUGGCAGCAAGCGCAUUGUCAUCUAUGCGCUUCGCGAUAUUGCACGAACUGAGGAGUUGACCUACGAUUACAAAUUUGAGCGAGAGAUCGGCAGCCUGGAUCGCAUUCCGUGCCUUUGCGGAACGGCUCUAUGCAAAGGCUUCCUCAACUGA